AUGGAACUUCCGAAUUCAAUUUCAGAAUCAAAAAAACAACAAAUUGAUAUUUUUAGGAAGUAUGCAAAAUUUGAUGAAGAAUCAAAACAAUUAAUUCUUGAUUAUGAUUCUUUCAUUAAAUUAAUUUCAGCUUCCACCAAAUUAUAUAAUAAAUUUACAGAUCAUAAAUAUAAUUAUCAUCAAAUCCCAAAUCAAACGUUUGGUGUGAUAUUUUUAGCCUUGGAUGAAAAAAAUAAAGGUUUUCUUUCAUUAAGUGAUUGGUUCCAUUUUAACAAUUUGUUAUCAAAUAGAAAUUAUAAUUAUAUUAUUCUCUAUGAAUUUUUCAGAAAAUUUGAUUCAAAUUCAACUAAAAAAUCAAUUAAUUAUAAUCAUAAAUUUUUAAGUUUUGAUGAACUUUUAUUAAAUUUUAAUGAUUUUAAAUCAACAAUUCAAAAAGCUCAAGAAUUUGCAAAUAAUGAAUUUUUAAUUACAAAUGAUUUAAAUAUUGAUUGGAAUAAAUUAAGCUGGUUGAAUGAUUACACUUCAUCUCCAUGGAAAGCUAAUAAAGAUAUAUUGAAUAUUGAUUCAAAAGAUGAAGAAUUAUUUAUUAACCUUAAUUCAAUCAUUACAAUUUUACAAAGUGAUUUAACUAAUGAAAAAUUAUCAAAUUUCUUUGGUAAAUUAUCAAUUUGGAAUUCUUUGAACAAUAGCCGUGAAAUAUCUAGAAAUCAAUUGGUCUACAUUUUGGAAACAUUAUACAGUCAUAAAAUUUCAAAUCAAGUUUUCGAUUCAUUAAAUCUUUCAAAUACAAAAUUGAUCAAGUCAAAUAACAAUUCAAUUAAUUAUACCGUGGUUAAAGAUUUACAUUAUUUGUUUAAUAAUUUUGAUUUGAUUAAUCAAAUUUUGUUGAAAUAUUAUCAAAUAUAUAGAGUAAACACACCAUCACAGAAUCUUCCAAUCACAAAAGAAGAUUUUGUCACAUUCAUCAACUUUGAAUAUAAUAAGGUUAAUAAUAUUUCUCAAUUUUCUCCUGCUCAAAUUAACUUAUUGUUUUCAAUUGUUUCUAAUCAUAAGACAAAUUUGAUUGAUUAUCAAAAAAGAAACAUGUUGUAUGAAAUUACUCAAUCUACAGAGAAACUAAUUGAUGAAGAAGAUGACCCAGAUAGAUUAAAACAAUUCAAAGCCAAUUAUGACCACGUUACAAAUGAAAUCAACAAUGCUGAUUAUUUAGAUUCAGGUGGACCACCUUCACAUUUGACAAUUACUGAUUUUUUACAAAUUACCAAUCCAAAUUAUUUGAAUGAUAUCGUUCAUGAAAAUGAAGUUUCAAAACCAAAAAUUAAUUCAAACUACUAUUUUUAUCCUGUUUUUGAUUCUAUCUAUAAUUUUACAUUGGGUUCAAUUGCUGGUGCUAUUGGUGCAACCAUUGUUUAUCCUAUUGAUUUGAUUAAAACAAGAAUGCAAGCACAAAGAGUUUUAAUUUAUAAAAGUUCAUUAGACUGUUUUGUUAAAGUUUUGUCAAAAGAAGGUUUAAGAGGUUUAUAUUCUGGUCUUGGUCCACAGUUGGUUGGUGUUGCUCCAGAAAAGGCUAUUAAAUUAACAGUUAAUGAUCUUGCAAGAAGUUUCUUCACAAAUAAAGUUACUAAAACUAUUACAACACCAUUAGAAGUUUUAUCUGGUGCAUGUGCGGGUGCAUGUCAAGUGGUUUUCACAAACCCAUUGGAAAUUGUUAAAAUUAGAUUACAAGUUCAAGGUGAUUAUAAUGUUGCUGAAAGACAAACAGCUGUCAAAAUCAUCAAGAAUCUUGGUAUCAGAGGAUUAUAUAGAGGUGCUUCAGCAUGUUUAUUAAGAGACGUGCCAUUUUCAGCUAUUUAUUUCCCAACUUAUGCACAUAUUAAGAAGGAUAUUUUCAAUUAUGAUCCAUCUGAUAAGAGACGUCGCAGUAAGUUGAAAACUUGGGAGUUAUUAGUAAGUGGUGGAUUAGCUGGUAUGCCUGCUGCUUUUUUGACCACACCUUGUGAUGUUAUUAAGACAAGACUUCAAGUUGAUGCUAAGAAAGGUGAAACUCAAUAUAAAGGUAUUUUCCAUGCUUUUAAGACCAUUUUAAGAGAAGAAACAGCAAGAUCAUUUUUCAAAGGUGGUGCUGCAAGAGUUUUAAGAUCAUCACCACAAUUUGGUUUCACUUUAGCUGCUUAUGAAAUUUUCCAAUCGUUAUUCCCAUUACAUGGAACUGGGUUAUCAAAUAUUGAAACUACACCUUCUUCACCUGCAAAUUUGGCCAAGCUUGGUAAGAAUUCUACAAAGAUUCUCAAUGAUUCCGUUGCUGAAGAUAUGAAGAAAAGAUACUAUUUGAAUUAUUACUAUAAGAGUUGUCAAAUUAGUAAGACUUUUAUUGAUCUUGAUUACAACUUCAAAGAUUUUGACUAUGAUGUUUACAAGAAAUUUUAUAAAGAAUUGAAAAGCAAGAAUGAUUAA